AUUAGGGCACUAACGGCCCUCUGGUCGUUUUUUUAUAUGUAUGUACAAGGCAUGCAGUUUUAUACUUCCGGUGACUGCCUCAAAAAAUCCACGCUAUCUCCCGCGAGCUUCUGAGCAGUACGCCUGGAUCUCCCUUCGAUCCCCCCUGUGACCAGCCAGGAAGAGCUGGAGAUGGGAGCCUUAUCCCUUGCCUUUCUUUUUCUUUUCCAGACAGCAGCCCAUCCGGGCAACUGCAAUCCCAUCCCAUCCGCACCAUCCCGUCCCAUCUCCUUUCUUCUCUUGCAUUUAGCUUUGAUAUCAUCAACAACUCUCCCAUCAAAUGCCCCGACAGGUUCGGCAUUGCCCCAUCGCAAACAAUGGCAAGAGAAAGAAAGUUACACGGUCCCCGCCCCACCAGUUACGAACCACGCCCCAACCGCCAAACAUGCAGUAUAUAAAGCUCACUGCUCGAUCUUGUUGAAGACCAACCGGUGGAUCAUCCAAGGAGGACGUUGAAGUGGGAGAACGAGAACAAAGGGGAAAAAAGACGAAGAGAAGGGCAAACAAAAUGAACCUGCAAAUGCUAAUUAACCCACCAGAACCCACCAAACGGC